CAUGUGGGCGGGUGGUGGGGCUUCCUCCAUCUGCCAGUCUGGGAACCAUCAAACCUGGACCCUUAAUUACUGUCUGUUAAUGACUCUUCUGCUGGUGGAGCUGAAACCGCGGCGGGUACGCGCACAGGUGAGCCACUUCGGGGAGCGGGGCUCCUCCCCUCCAGCUAGGCGCUUGGACCCGGGUGCAGGGUCGCAGCUCGGGUGUGGGGGCGGACACCUUGGGUGCGGGUUCCCGGGAACUGCCGCUGCCGGCCUCUCUCCGUCUGGCUCAGGGCACAGGAUGAUGCGUCCCGGAACUGCGCACACCUUGCCCGCCCCAGGCGGGACUGAAGUCCUCUGGCCCAAGUAGAUCCGGAGUCCCGGCCGGGAGCCUCAGCGCACAACCAGCAUCUUAUGGAGAAGAGGUGUAGGGCAGCCUGGGGCCUUGAGCCUGAGAAGUACUGUGACCAGGGAGGGGACCCUGAAACUAAGUGGGCACCACCUCGCCUGGCUGCUUUCCAGUCGGGCGAUGCCACCUCCGGCUGGCUCCAGGCUGGCCCCUCCCUGCUGUGCUCCACUGCGGCGCAGGCGGGGGCGUGCCUGGAGCGAAUCGGGGUUACGUGGGAACGCUCGGACCUCGGGAGAGCUCCCCGAAAACUGUGAGUUCUCUAGGUGAAGACUAGGAGGAUUUGACGACAGGGCUGGGCCUGCCUUCUGGGGGGGGGGGGCAAUGCUGCUGGAGGCAGGUGAUUGGCUGCUCCUUCCGCCGCGCCCUCCCUUAGGGCCUUAGGCCAGGAGGACAAUAACCCCUUACAAUGCUCUGGUUGCGAUGGUGUGGGGUGACAGAGCUGGACAAAGGGAGCUUGUGUCGGCUCAGCUUCCUCCUCCAGCUUUAAGCUGCGUUGGGAAUGUAGGGAGUCAAGUCUCCCGGGGACUUGAGAACUUUGGAACACCCAGACCCGAGCGUUGUGGUGGGUUUCAAGAAGUCCUGUGUUUGGAGUGGAGGCUGCCUGGGCGGUGCUGGGGGCAGGGCUUUGCGGCUGCCGGGCAGCACUUCCUGCUAUAGAAAGAGCUUUGGGGUCAGAGGGCGGGCACGGGAAGUUCUCUGAGCCUCCCUGCCCCUUCCUCUUUUCUAAAAGAGUUGAAGCCUUAGGGGCUUCAGAGGCCUGAGAACAGACCUCUCCCAUUUUCCUGGGACUAGUGACAUCUAGGAAACCAGUGGGGAGCUGUGGCCUCACGCUUCCUUCCUGUUUUCUUUCCUUCCCCACAGCCCGUUAAGGGCGAGAAUGUUAUUUGGGGCCACUCAUUAAUUAACCAUUUGUUUAGCUGUGGAUGGGGGGCAGGCUGGGGAUUCCUGUAGUGUGUUUGUGCCUUAAGUAUGGGCCCCCAGGGAGUGGGUGCCAGGGAUUGAAAGAUGGUUUUGUCUCAACAGAUGGGCCGCGUGGGGUCCCAUUAGCUGCAUCUAGUCUCUGAGCUCUCUUAGGUCUGCAGACUGGCUGAGGGUGUACCACAGCCAUGGCUCAGCCACUGGCUUUAGUCCUCGAUGUCCCAGAGACCACAGGGGACGAAGACAGUCGGGAGCCCAGCCCCUAUGAAGAGAGUGAAGUCCAUGACUCCUUCCACCAGCUCAUUCAAGAGCAGAGUCUGCGGGUGGCCGAGGAGGGGCUGGAGCUGCUGCCCUUGGCUCCAGGCAGGGGUUACCAGACCCUCCCAAGGCCUGAGGGUGCCCCCACCCACAGCAUGGCCACUCUCCGCAUCUUGGCCAGCAUGCCCAGUCGUACCAUUGGUCGCAGCCGUGGGGCCAUCAUCUCCCAGUACUACAACCGAACAGUGAGGCUCCGGAACAGGAGCAGCCGGCCCCUGCUGGGGAAUGUGGUGCGCUCUGCCCGGCCCAGCCUUCGCCUGUAUGACCUAGAGCUGGACCACGCAAUCUUGGAGGACGAUGAGAAGCGGAGCCUGCUAGUGAAGGAGCUUCAGGGUCUGUCUGCGGCCCAGCGGGACCACAUGGUCCGGAACAUGCCCUUGAGCCUGGGUGAGAAGCGCUGGCUUCGAGAGAAAAGUUGGAGCCCAAAGGGAAAGCGGAGGGGUCAGCAGGGCCGAGGUGGGACCUUCUCCUGCUGCAGCAGGCUCAGAUACAGCUGCAUACUGGCUCUGCACAGCCUGGGGCUGGUACUGCUCUCAGGUCUGUAUGCUGCCAGGCCAUGGCGAUAUGCUCUGAAGCAGAUCGGCGGCCAGUUUGGCUCCAGUGUCCUCUCCUACUUCCUCUUCCUCAAGACCCUGUUGGCCUUCAACACACUGAUGUUGCUGCCUCUGCUGGCCUUCCUCGUGGGAGUACAAGCUGUCUUCCCACCUGACCCAUCAGGCCCAGUCCCUACCUUCUCUGGUCUAGAACUCCUCACAGGCGGGGGCUGGUUCACACACACCGUCAUGUACUAUGGCUACUACAGUAACGCCACGCUGAGCCAACCAUGCGCCUCCCCAUGGGAAAGUGGCCAGUGCAGCCCCAGGCUGGGCAGGCUGCCCUAUAACAUGCCACUGGCCUACCUCUUCACAGUGGGGGCUGUCUUCUUCAUGACCUGCAUCACCCUGGUAUACAGCAUGUCCCACUCCUUUGGGGAAAGCUACCGGGUUGGCAGUACUAAAGGCAUCCAUGCUCUUAUGGUCUUCUGCUCCUGGGACUACAAGGUGACUCAGAAGCGGGCCUCCCGCGUCCAACAGGACAGCAUCUGCACUCAGUUGAAGGAGCUGCUGGCUGAAUGGCAGCUGCAAAAGCACCCCCGGAGCACGUGUGGGCAGCUGUGGCAGGUUGUCAUGCUAGGUCUGGGAUGGUUGCUGUGUCUGGGCACCAUGAUGGGCUGUGCAGUGGCUGUCCUCACCUUCUCAGAGGUCAUGAUUCAGAGAUCUGCUGCUGGCGGCCAGGGGUUGGAGCUGCUGGCUCUGCCCCUGGUGGUCAGUGUCCUUAAUCUGGGUGCUUCCUACCUGUUCCGUGGUCUGGCCACUCUGGAGCGGCAUGACUCCCCUGUGUUGGAAGUAUACAUGGCCAUCUGCAGGAGUCUCAUCCUGAAGAUGGCUGUCCUGGGUGUGCUCUGCUAUCACUGGCUGGGCCACAGGGUGGCCACACUGCAGGGUCAGUGCUGGGAGGACUUUGUGGGCCAGGAGCUGUACCGCUUCCUGGUCGUGGAUUUCAUCUUCACACUCUUGGACUCUCUUUUUGGGGAGCUGGUAUGGAGGCUCAUCUCAGAGAAGAAGUUGAAAAGGAGGCAGAAGCCUGAGUUCGACAUUGCUCGGAAUGUUCUGGACCUGAUUUAUGGGCAGACACUGACCUGGCUGGGCGUCCUCUUCUCCCCCCUCCUGCCUGCAGUGCAGACGCUCAGGCUGCUUUUCCUUUUCUACGUGAAGAAGGCAAGCCUGAUGGCCAACUGCCAGGCACCUCGCCGACCCUGGCUGGCGUCACACAUGAGCACUGUCUUCCUCACCCUGCUCUGCUUCCCAUCGUUCCUGGGCGCGGCUGUUUUCCUCUGCUAUGCUGUCUGGCAAGUGAAGCCCUCAAGCAUCUGUGGCCCCUUCCGGACUCUAAACACCAUGUACGAGGCAGGCACGGUCUGGGUGCGUCGCCUGGAGCAUGCCAGCUCCGGGGCCUCCUGGCUGCCCUGGUUGUACCACUUCCUGGUGGAGAACACUUUCUUCCUUUUCCUCAUGUCAGCCCUGUUGUUGGCCGUCAUCUACCUCAACAUCCAGGUGGUGAAGGGGCAGCGGAAGGUCAUCUGCCUGCUCAAGGAGCAGAUCCGGAACGAGGGAGAGGACAAGAUCUUCCUGAUCAACAAGCUUCACUCUGUUUACGAGGGGGAGCAGAGCAGAACUCAGGAGGCUACCACUCCAACUGCCCUGCUUGUGGAUGGAGGGGAGAGAAAUGAACCUUGCACCCCCAGUCACCGAGACCCUUCAGGCAGAGACUUGGACCUGAGGUCCCCACGGGACACCACAGCAGAGUGACUUUUCUUUCCACAAAAUCCCCAAGGUGAUGGAGCAAGGAUGUGGGAUACUCCAAGGGACUGUCCUAUCUGGGACUCACUUACCCUGGGUUUUUACAUUUUUUAAAUUUAUUUUGAGAGGACAAGAUCUGUCUAUAUA